ACUAGAAUUGCACUACUACUCCAAAUGCUGUUUGAGGAAUUUCUACAUCAUCAGUUUAAUCAUACAAUCAAUGUGUGUACCGGUAGUUACUGUUUCAAAAUAUUACAAUUAUACAUUUAUGUAGUGUAAAAAGAAAAAUACUAUUUAAAAAUGAAGUUGAUCAAGCCCAUUUGGGUGACACAUGAAGCUAAUCAUCCAAUAUUUUCGAUUGAUAUUCAUCCAGAUGGCAAACGUUUUGCUACCGGAGGACAAGGAGGAGAUUCCGGUAAGGUUGUCAUAUGGAAUAUGGAACCAGUUGUUAAUGAGACUGUUCAAUUAAAUAAAAAUGUACCAAAAAUGCUUUGCCAAUUAGAUAACCAUUUGGCAUGUGUUAAUUGUGUAAGAUGGAGUCCUAGUGGCUUAUUAGCUUCCGGAGGUGAUGAUAAAGUUGUAAUGAUUUGGAGAUUAGCAGGAAGCAGUGGAAUGGGUUGUGGUACAAAUUCAAUAUUUGGUGGAAAAGCAGGAGUAGAAAAUUGGCGAUGUAUAGCCACAUUGAGGUGUCAUGAAGGUGACGUACUAGACCUUGCUUGGGCUCCUCAUAAUCUAUGGCUUGCAUCGGCAUCUGUAGAUAAUAAUGUUAUUAUUUGGGAUGCUUCAAAGUUUCCUGCUAUUGUGGCGAUAUUAAAAGGACAUACAGGACUGGUGAAAGGUGUGACUUGGGAUCCAGUUGGUAAAUAUUUAGCGUCACAAUCAGAUGAUAAAACAUUAAGAGUUUGGCGAACCACUGAUUGGGGCGAAGCUACGUUAAUUUCUGAACCUUUUGAUGAAUGUGGUGGAACUACUCAUGUAUUACGAUUAUCAUGGAGUCCUGAUGGCCAAUAUUUAGUCUCAGCUCAUGCUAUGAAUGGAGGUGGACCAACAGCACAAAUAAUUGAACGUGAAGGCUGGACCCGAGAUAAAGAUUUUGUUGGUCAUAGAAAAGCUGUUACAUGUGUAAGAUUCAAUGGUAAUAUAUUGCAAAAAAAACCACCAGGAUCAUUAAAGCCACAACAAUAUUGUUGUGUUGCUAUUGGAUCAAGAGAUCGUUCACUUUCUGUGUGGUUGACAUCACUUAAAAGGCCGCUUGUUGUAAUUCAUGAACUUUUUACUCAUUCCGUACUCGAUACUAGUUGGUCUCCUUGUGGAUUAAGAUUAGCAGCAUGUUCUUGGGAUGGAACUGUAGCAUUUAUUGAAUUUACGCAACAAGAAUUGGGACAACCACUUGAUCCUGCUGAACAAUGUAGUCUUCAUGAAAGGUUGUACGGAAAACCUUUAGUCCAAGGUGGUGGUUGUACAGUGAUGGAAUCUCCAGUUUUAUUAAAUGUAAAAACAUCUACAACUCAAUCAUCUACCAAUGUUGUUACAACAACAACAACGACUACAACUACUGCCAAUACUUUGACAUCUUUAUCAAAUGGUCUUUCAUCACAAUCAUCUUCCCCUUCGAUAAAAGGUCCUAUUAAUAAACAAAUCGAAACAAAAACGUCUGAUGGACGACGACGAAUUACUCCAAUGUUUAUACCACCUCCACCCGAUACUGUAAAUACUGGAAAUUCUGAAUCUUUUUCUUCUGUAAAAAAUACAUCUAUAUUUUUUAGUACUUCACAAACAAAAAGUUCAAUUGUAAUUGAAAAACGCGAUGAUGUUGUUGUGACACCGAACGUUAGUACAACAGUUAAUGCAUCAACAAAUGCAUCAUCUUCUUCCAUACCUACAUUGAAAAAACGAGACCCGUCAACUUCGAAAACUCAUCAUAAUUCUCACGACAGAAGGCCAAAAAUUGUAUUUGAAAAAAUCGGACAACAUGUAUUUCCAGCACUAAAGUCAAUGAGUUCGAUAUCUCAACAAGCGGCUCAUUAUGCCGUAACGAUAACAAAUAAUAAAAAUUUAUCUCAUUUACAAGUUUUUCGUGGUACUGACUCUGAACCUACAUGGGACGUUUAUUUAGGAUACAAUGCUGUAGCCUUAGCUGCUUCAGCAGCAGUGAUAGCUGUAGGUUUAGAAGAUGGUAGUAUACAUACAUUUGAUCCUGUAAAAGGAUCAAGACCUUCACCUCCGUUAGCUCCACCAGCACCAUUAGCUAAAGUUCAUGCGGUGGGUAAUGUUGUAAUGGUUAUUUCAUGUUGUGGAGCUGUUCGAGUAUGGGAAAUUGGAAAUAUAUCACGAUUAAUUGUUUCAACAUCUGCAAGUCACUUGGCAGCUAUCGGAGGAUCUCUUUUAACAUGUAAUUUGUAUAAUGGAAUGCCACAUUUAGGAUUUACGAAUGCAAGAGCCUACGUAUACAAUAAAGAAAUGGGAACAUGGAUAUUGAUUGGUGAUAGUCACGAUCCAAUAUGGCGUUGGUCAGCACAAAGUGCAUCUACCGUUGCUGGUGGUAGAACACCUCGUGGACCUCUCUCAACUCUGCAAGAAGGAUUAAAUCGAGUUGCUGGUUCUAUGCCAAAUCCCAGACCACCUCAUAGUGGUUCGAGUAUUGUUUCGUUCUUUGAACAACAGCUGUUAGCAUCAAAAGCACUUGGAAGCUCUCAAGAAUAUGUACAUUGGUUUAUGGCUUUAAUUUCAUUUAUAUUAACACAAGAUGGACUGGAAAGAAAAUUAAGAAUUAUUCUAGAUGACUUAAUGGGUCCAAGUCAUAGUCUAGCAUCAAAGAGUACAUCAUGGGAUCCAAUGAUACUUGGUAUUAAAAAACAUAAACUUUUAUCAGAUGCAUUGAGUGUUAUAGGUGGUCAUUUACGCUGGCAAAGAUUAUACUUGGAAUAUUCUGAACAAUUAGCGGCGCUCAAAAAUUAAACUGAAUGAUAAAUUUGUAUAGUAAUAUUGCUCGUAAGAUUAUAAUACAUGUAUAUUUUUAUCAAGAUGUAUAAAUUUAUAGAAAAUUCCAAAAUUAAUGUACGAUUUUUUAUAUUGCAUUACAUAAUUUAAAUAAUUUAUU